AUGCUGAGCUCAUCGACUCGUCGUCUAAUUUUCCAUCGAUUCGCUUCCACAGCAAAGGACUCCGCCAAUUUCGAUCUCAAAAAAUUCGACUUAUACAAACUCGCCAAGGGCCCGAAUUCAACAACUACACUAACCAAAGAAGAUGGAUUGUAUUACUAUACUCAAAUGAAGACUUGCAGAGAAAUGGAACUCGCGUGUGCACCGCUUUUCAAGGAGAAAUACAUCAAUAUGGCGUGUCAUUUGUACAGCGGACAAGAGGCUUGUGCAGCUGGUAUUUUGGCCGGUUUAAAGUAUGAGGAUAAGGUGAUUGGAAGUUAUCGUGGACAUGCUUGGGCACAUUUAUGUGGAGCUACUGUCAGACAUGUUUUAGCUGAAUGUACUGGUGAGUUUGAGACGAGAAAUUAAGGCUAACUAUAGUCUAGUUUCGACCAAGUUUGUGACUCAAUUUUCAUCGUCACAGGUUCUGGGAGCCUGACCAGAAAAAUGUAGUCAAAAUUUGGCCAUUUUUUGACCAUCUUUUGACCAUCUUUGACCAAAAUUUGGUCAUAAUUUAGCCAAAAUUCGAUCAAAAUUACCGAUUAACCAAUAUUUGGUCAAUGUUUAACCAAAAAACGAAUUGGUGCAUUUUUGGUUAAAAAUUGGUCAUCGUCCCACCUCCAGUGACGUUCUCAUCACAAAACCCCACAAAAUUCCAGGCCGCGCAUCCGGAAACGUGCACGGCAAAGCCGGUUCAAUGCACAUGUACACUGACCGGUAUUUCGGCGGAAACGCGAUUCUCUGCGGACAAGUUCCCAACGGAACCGGAAUGGCUUUAGCCAUGAAACUUCGCAAGGAAAAGAAUCUGAUGGUCACGGUGUUUGCCGAAGGAACUUUCAAUCAAGGACAAGUUUUCGAGUCGUUCAAUAUGGCAAAAUUGUGGGAUUUACCGGUUUUGUUCGUUGUGGAAAACAAUCGAUAUUUGAAGUCGACUUUGAGUGAAACAUUGACACCAAAUGCGGAUUAUUAUACAAGGUGGGCAAAAAAACCGGCUUUAACCACAAGCCCAACCAAAUCUCGAAACUAUAACCAAAGGUUUUUUUUCCAGAGGUGACUAUCUUCCCGGAAUCCGCUGCGACGGAAUCGACAUCCUCACAGUCCGUGAAGCCGCCCGUUUUGCCCGCGAAUACAUGAUGGCUGGAAAAGGCCCGCUUCUCCUCGAACUCCAAACCGAAAACCAAGGUCACACUGAAUUUGGCAAUGGCCCAACAAGAUGUCCUGAACGCGAUCCAGUCAUAGAACUUCAGAAGAAAAUGUUGGACGCGGGUUUGGCCAGUCAACAAGAGUUCCAUGCGAUCGAUAAGAAGAUCGAGGCAAUCGUUGAAUCGGCGUCGAAUCACGCGAAAACUGAUCCGUUUUUACCGCAUGAUGCGUUGUACACGGAUGUUUUUCACAAUACGCCGAGUCACGAAAUUCGAGAUUGUGUGAGAAUUGUGAAGCCGAAAUAUACUGAGACUAGACAAAUGACUUUUGAUCAAGAAUAA